GCGUCAUUGACAUGCGACUCGGCAACCAGCGAGGAAACGCGUGUUUAGAUCCCGAGGCAACAUUAGUGUCUCGUGUUGACUCACACAAUUUCACGAAGACGCCGUGCUCAAACCCGCGAUAUGGGCGAAAGUAGCCGCCCUUGCACCGUGUGGCUGGGCUCGGAGACGGGCAUCCUGAAGGGCGUCAGCGUGUCCCGCAAACAAGCCUUCAACUUCUGCAACAGCUCGCAGCUGAGCCGCCAGCACGAGGUCCGUACGCUGUGCUGGGCCGACGCGGCCGAGAGCGAGCUGUUGGUUGCCGCCGUGGACGGAACUGUCAAGACCUUUAGCGUGGAGAAGGGGGCCUUCACCGACACGCGAAGCUGCGGGGACCCCGCCGAGGGCUGUUUCGUCGGGAUGGCGGUGCUGGACAACGGCGCGGCGCAGGUGACGUGCGCGGAGAGCGGCUUGCUCCGGGUGUGGAGGGAUGAGAGCCGCGAGCCCGCCACGGAGAUCCGCGUGGGUAGCGACGUAGCCAGGAUGAGGCAGAACCCGGAACACCGGCACAACGUGGCGACCGGCGGGAAGGACAAUUGCCUCAAAGUGUGGGACCUGGAGAAGCCCGACAAGCCCGUUUUCACCGCUAAGAACCUGCGGAACGACUGGUUGGAUCUACGGCGACCACACUGGGUCAAAGACAUGGCCUUCAUACCGGGAUCCGAUAAGGUGGUUACCUGCACGGGACACCACCAGGUCCAUGUGUACGACCCCUCCACACCCCAACGUCGCCCCGUACUGGAGGCCACUUAUGGGGAGUACCCGCUGACGACGCUGUCUCUUCCUGCCGCGGGGGACUCUGUGGUGGUCGGCAACACGCAUGGUCAGAUUGCCGUACUGGACUUGCGAAAAGGCCUGGUGCGGGGGUGCUUCAAGGGCCUGGCCGGGGGUGUGCGGGGUCUGCAGUGCCACGCCUCGCAACCCCUGGUGGCAUCCUGCGGCCUGGACCGCUUCUUGCGGAUCCACAGCCUGGAGAACCGACGAGUGCAGCAUAAGGUUUACCUGAAAUCCCGUCUCAACUGCCUGCUGCUUGCCAGCCGACCGCUGGAGGAGGCAGAGUGCGCUGUGGGGGAGGACGGGCAGGAGGUGAAGGAGGAGGACGAUGAUGUGGACGAAGUGUGGGAUGCCAUGGAGCAGGUGGACGAGCGAGAACAGAAUCUCAAGAGAAAAACACCAGAGGAGGAAGCAGAGAAUUCUAACAGAAAAGCGCAAGAGAAUUUCAAGAGCAAAACUUCAGAGGACGGAGAGAAUCCUGAGAAGAAAACACCAGAGGAAGAGCCUCCGAAGAACAAGACAAAGAAGAGAAAAAAAGCUCAAGCCUGAGAGGCAUUUGCGGUGUGCACAGUGCGUGGGACACUAAAAGUUCAAGCUCCUCAGACUGAAAGAUAGAUGAUACUAUGCGAAUGUUCCUUGGAGAAUUUGCAUCUUUUAUCAUUUUAUCACAUGUAUUAAAAUGACUGUUUUUGGUCAUGCUAUA